CAGGAAAAGCAUUCAUCGGCAGACACACUCACACUGACAAUCCGAUACCGAGCCCAAUUUUAAGUCCCAGAGGAAAACAGAGAAAAUACGUGGAAAAUAUAGGGGAACCGUAUCCGCCACCUGGAUAACAUGUCCUUAAUCCGCAAAUCGACGAUUCCGCAGCGGGUCAAGCUCUCGCUGACGUCGCUUCCUGAUCCGUGUGCUCAUAUGGCGGUGCGCGGAAAUCGCACCUCAAUUCGUCGCAUCCAGUUGGCACACAGUUGCUCGCCAACGGUGGCCAGUGCCUCAUUGGAAACGAAACCCAAAGUUGGUGCAUUGAAGAAGCAACAGUUAGUACCUCGGAAGGAAGUUGGUGAUAAUGAUAAUGCUAAUGGUAAUGAUAAUUCUAAUGAUAAUGAUGCUGGCAUCAGCGAGGGUAAGGACAACGACCUGAUUUCCCUGCGAACGUUGCUGGAUUUGGUGGGGGGCAAAAUACGGCAAACGGAUAUCAAAUUCCUGCGCUUCCUGUGCAACGAUCAUCGGAUAAUCUAUGUGCCAUGUCGCCUCAUUUACCGCCACUCGGAAAUGAUGCGCCAACGGAGGACAGUGGAGCAGCCCAUCAAAUUGCAGUCCAUUAGCUCGACGACGCUGAUCCGGGUGAUCGUUUGGAUGCACCAGCAGAGCGAGAUGGAGAUGGCAAGUGCAAUAGGUGGGAAGAGGUGUGCCAACAACGACAAUACGAUAGGCAAAUGCGAAAUGAUUGCCAGUCAAUGGGAAAAGGAAAGUAAGGGCGACGGAAAUACAAAUGCCAAGAACAAUCGGGAAAAUCGCAGUGAGUACACUCAAAAUUACGGUUCCAGCAAAAAACGAAAGUAUGCCACACCACCAAAUAAAACAAAUGAUAAGAUCACAAUUAAAAAAAGAAAAAUUGCGAAUGAUCAAAGAUGUAGUGGCUGCCAUACAAGCACAAAUUAUAAUAAUAGUGAGAAAACAAGCCCAGUUGAAACUGCAGAAAAUAUGAAAAAUCCAAUGUGUAAUGUAUGUAAUAAUGGCGGAAAUGGGAAAACUGUAAGGACUUUGGAAAACAUUAUAAGUGAAACCAAAGAAGCUAGUGAGUGUGAAAAUGAAACAAAUGAAUGCAAGGAAGCAAACAGUAAAAAUAUGCAUAUAUCUAAAAGCCAAAAUAAGCAAAGGGCGAACGGAAGCGAAAGUGGCAAAGUAACAAUUAGUGGGAACUGUGAGCAAGAUAAUAGCGUUGAAAAAUUAAAUGAAAAUGAAAAUACUGGCUGCAGUUUGUUUGCAAUCAAAGCCAAAAAUACAAAAAUUAGCAACCAAAAUCUAACUAUAGAUGCCAAGCCUGGAGCUGAUCUGGAUGCCAAAAAAAAUGUAUCUGGAUUCGGGCUUAGUUUGUGGGAGGAGCGAUUUUUGGGCAGCGAACUCUGCCAGCUGAUGGAACUCAUCCUGGCCGCCCACUGUUUGGGCGUCGACGCCCUGACCUCCCUCGCUGCGAACUAUUUGAACGAGCUGAUGGCCCAAAGUACCCGCUCAGAACUUUCAACCAUGCUGCAAGUGAGCACUCGUUUGGCGGAGGUUCGACGGACUGUGGAGAACCAUCGACCGCUGAUCACCGAGAUCUUGUCGCAGGUCGAUCACAGACCAAAACACCACUGUUCUGCGAGGAAAGCUACUAAUUCGGUUGGAUUUAAACCUAACACCCGACGAGGAAAAGGGCAUUCGAUCCGAUAGAAGAAAGACAAGCGCUCAUUGGGCCACCAAGCCAGUGGCUCCCUUCCUCUACAAUGCUUUAGCUCCACGGUUUAGGCCAAAUAACUAUUGUACUGUCUUCUUCUCAAUUCAUUUUGAGCAUCUCUGCAUGGGUUCAUAGUUUGGUUUAUUUAAUUGCGAAAUAAAUGCGUGGAAAAUGAUUGGAAGACACACGACAAAGUUGACUUAUCCGGGGGAGCAACUUUCUCGCGACAAAAGCCACCCACAACAAACAUGUUGAUUAAAGACUGCACGGGAAAGAAAAACGUCGUUUGGGAAAGCCUUUGCAAAUUCUUUUCUAUUACUGUGUUACGCGGUAAGCAGAGUGCAAGAGGACAUAUAUCAGCAAAUGAAGAAAUCUUUAGGGCUCAGGGCUGGAUGAAGUGUCAGCCUAGUUAAACAUCCGACGCUUAUCAUUUAGACCGAAAAUCAACGUCCCCUAACAUUCUCUUGCAAGGCCACUUUAUGCUGCCCGCAGGCAGCUUCCCCCGAAUUAGCUGCCAUGCAAAAGUUGACGUUUAUUGUUUUUAGAAUUUUUAUGAGCUCCGCUCAAGCAAACGGAAAGAAAAAACCGGCGGAGGGAAAGCGAACUGAAAAAAGCGUGCUGGAAAAGCCAGAGAUCAAUAGCCAAACGCUUGGCACGUUCCUCGCGAAGUGGGCACGAAAAUUGUUUCACCAAAUCACGCAUACGACUGACUGGUAGUACAGUGCGUUUCAUGCCUGUUAUGUGAAAAUUUGUGAAUUUAAUAGCUUGCCGAAUAAGUCGAGAUAAUUAUAAUUAAAAGAUACCAUCAACGAACUUGUUUUACAAAUGAAUUCGAACGACGACAAUGGCAAUAUAAUAACACUACUAUUUGUAAUGAUAUCGUGCUUUAAAUAUUAUCUUUAUUGAUUGACAACUUUGUUGUUUGGUUUUUUAAGAGCAGCGAGGUUAAAGCUUAUAGUAUCUGGGAUGAAUAGUACUUAUUUUUUGCACGGUUUAAUAUAUUAUAUAUUAUUUAUUCGGAAGUGCACUUCGAUACGGACUGUAUGUCCUAGAAGCUAGCAGGUCCUUUCAUUUCCAGCAGCUGGUUUUUAGCAUUAUUUUGCACAGCGAAAUAUCACGCAUACGCAGUGUGCGUUGCGCCAUGUAAAAACCGUUGCCUACUUUUUGGGGCCGAGCGAAUGCACGGCUUGGCCUUCGCUUUUUAAGCAGCUUUCUGCGGCAGCAGCUUUGAUUUAGUUCACUCAAAUACCCACACACAUACUCACGAAUACACACACAAAUCCAGAGGGAGACAGCAGGACACGUGGAUUUGCGAGUUAAAUUAUAUUUCAUUUUUAUUUGCAAGCGUUUUCGCAAGACUCCCAUUGAGCCAAAAAAUGGGAAACCCUUUGCCGGGUCCGCUUGCCUCUGCUGUUUUUUAUGAUUGUCUUGAGGAUUUUCGUUUUACAUUUGUAUGAAUUUUUAAUAUGCCAAGGAAUAUAACAACAAUGCGAGCCAAGAAGCCAAGAAAGCAUAAAUAUCAAACAGCCAAAAGCGAAAAGGAAUCGGAAUCAGCAUCAGCGUCAGCAUCAGAAUCAGAAUCAGAAACCGACAAAAGCAGCUGGGAUAGGCGGGGCAGCAAAUAUAAAGAUAAAAAGGAAUAUCAAGCCAAAUAAACCUUAAGGACAUUGUAAUAUUAAUUCAAACGGACAUACACAAAAGUGAAGCAAAAAAGGAAGCACACAUUCAGUAACUUGAAACGGUCUUAAGGCCUACGUCCUUUUCAUUUCUUUUGUGGCUUAUAAAAGCCGCUCCCACACAAACAUACACACACUCGCAGACAAAUGUAUACAUGAAAUUGGAAUUGUAUAGAGAUAAAAAUCUGGCAAAAUUUUCACAAAGUAAUACGCAGGCCAUAGAUUAUCAAUGGUAGAUUUUUGUAAAUUUAAAAAAUAUAUUUGCUGUAUGUUCUGUAUUCUCUCCUUUCAAAAGGUAUCUCCUUCGCUAUGAGCAAACA